AUGGACGAAAAAAAACCAAUUGCUCUUUUCUCAAAGGAAUACUACGCUGCAUGUACAAUCGGUGGAAUUGUUGCUUGUGGUCCUACCCAUUCAGCUCUUACACCAUUGGACUUGGUGAAAUGCCGGCGCCAGGUCAAUUCGUCGCUUUAUGCAUCGAAUGUCCAGGGCUGGAAAACCAUCAUGAAGACAUCCGGUGACUCGAUCUUCAUGGGCUUUGGUGCAACUUUCAUCGGAUAUGCUCUCCAAGGUGCCGGAAAGUACGGGUUCUAUGAGUACUUCAAGAAGACCUAUGGUGAUAUGGUGGGGCCUGAAAAGGCUGAAAAGUAUAAAACGGGGAUCUUUUUGAGUGCUGCAGCAUCUGCCGAGUUCUUGGCAGAUCUUGCUUUGUGCCCAUUCGAGACCAUCAAAGUGAAGACUCAAACCACGAUUCCUCCAUAUGCGACCUCUGUUGUUGAUGGAUGGCGAAAAAUCACUGCAAAAGAAGGAAUUGCAGGAUUGUACAAGGGAAUUGGACCCUUGUGGGCCCGUCAAAUCCCAUACACCAUGGUGAAAUUUGCUUCCUUUGAAAAGACUGUCGAGAAGAUCUACGCCUACUUAGGAAAGCCAGUCUCGUCGUACACUCCAUUGCAACAGACUGGUGUUUCGUUUUUGGGAGGAUACAUUGCAGGUAUUUUCUGUGCCAUUGUGUCGCACCCUGCCGACGUUAUGGUGUCCAAGAUCAAUUCAGACAAGAAGGCAACAGAGAGCUUGGGUGCUGCACUCAAGAGAAUAUACGGUGACAUCGGAUUCCGUGGUGUGUGGAACGGUUUGCCGGUCAGAAUUGUCAUGGUUGGUACAUUAACCGGAUUCCAGUGGUUGAUCUACGACUCUUUUAAAGUGUAUGUGGGCUUGCCUACAACUGGCGGUCAUUAG